AUGGCGGCCAAACCGCACGUGGAAGCGAGGUCUCUCUCGACACUCAACUCCCUCGCCGCCAACCCCCCACAAUACCCUCACAGCGCCGAUGUCAAGGAGUCCUUGACCUUGUACAUUUCACGAGUUCCCGGUAGUCGAGAUGUCAUCCUUUCCCCCUUCCGGCCGCAGCGCAAGAACGUGACAGUAGAAGACAUUAACAAUGCUCUCUACCUGAUACACCUUGACCUGCCCACGGACGACCUCCUAGUCGGAAACACGCGUCCGAACGAGACAUCCACUGCCAAUUCGCCUCGAACUAGUGGUGAGAGCGCGAGGAGUGUGAUUCCAAGGAAACCCUUACCGCCUAGUGCCCGUGUCGAGAUUCCCACUUCGAGACAACCGUCUGCCAACAUACCUGCGACUCAAAACGAAAACAAUGUGCCCAAGAAUACGGGACCGGUACCGACCAGGUCGCCCUCUGUUAGACGGGCAGCCUCUGUUAGACGUCCACGAGCUCCGGGUUCGGAAAGGGUUGAGCGGGCUGUAGCUCCUCAGGCGCCUGUUGCUGGCAAUGAUGGAUACAGACCGAACCCCAUGUUUCAGCCCACCCCAGUUCCCGAACCGCCUUCGAGACCAGCACCUCAGUUCCCUCCUCCAGCCGAGAACCUGGCAGCCAUGCGCCGCCCCAUGGGUCCCCGGCUACCGACCGGUUUGCCCAUCCCCGAGGAGCUGGCUUCCCACCCUGGAACUGUCCCAACCAGCAACCGACCCAUCACGCCUACCGACCAGACACUUUACACUCCAACUUCAAACGUCCCCCGACCCGGCGACGGGAUCCUCUCUCCUACAGUCACCCGUGCUCGCGCCCCCAGUACCUCGAAACUAGCAGCAACCAUUCCUUUCACCCUUACGCUCAUCCGACGCGAUCCUUCGACCAACCUCCAGUGGAAUGUGGGCAAGAUAUCCUCGUUCGAGACGAACAUACCUACUCCCGAGUCUGCGCAUCCAGAUCUCGGAGAGGACACGCCAGUUGCCGAACAACCGCCACCGAUUGCCACACAGUUAAUCGACAUCCACCUGGAAACAUCCGGGUAUGCCAAAUAUAGGGGAAUGCCCAGCCGCGCAAACAUCGAGGCCUUGCGACCAACAUCCCCUCAGUCCUUCGCCAGGACUCUACAGGGAUUAGGGUCAAGUAGUACAAGUGCGAGUGGAAGUCUGGGUAGUCUAGGGUCAAGUGGGAGUCCGCAAAAGCAAAUCAUGGGUGUAGCGCACAGGGAAGUUGAGGAAGGGUUCCAUCGCCAGGUAGUAAUGGCCUACACCAAGUCCUGGACCUCCGGUCUCAAAGGUGCUUUCAAGAGACACUCCCGCUCAGCCAGUACCGCCUCUGCUACCAUGGGCGAUCUUCCGGGACAUACCCGCCACGGCAGUUCAUCAACCAUCGGUUCAGCCGACAUGUCGCCCAACGAACACCAAAACCAAAACCCCCAAUCUCCUCCCCCUGCCGGCGGUGGUCACAACCGCCAGGAGUCCAUAGGCGGUGGUGGUGGAGGCCAACUAAUAACCCAACCAGGUCCCAACCUCCGGCCCAAGGGGUACGUCUUCCUCUCCCCCUGGCUAGGCCGCUGUGAAUUCCGCACCGGCUCCACCGGCCGCUCCCUCAAAUGCCGGCACAUCCUCGACGAACACUCCGGAGGACUCAACCAAAUCACACAAAUCGACCCCGCCAAACUCGCCCAAUCCGUGCGUGACGCGCCCACCAUCGGCCAGUCGCGGGGUGACUCAAUCACCUCAGCAAUAACCGGCGCCAAACCCGUUUCCGAACUGCGCUUCAACCUUCCUUCCGCGUCCGAACCGCGCUCACCUGGCGCUGGCACUGGCGGCGACAUCUACUCCCCAGGCCAUGCAGGCGGCGGGUCGUCGAAAAGACAUCGGUUCUCGAAAUUCCUCGGUCUUCAACCGCCCAGCUCGGAGGAAGAAGAAGAGUAUUUUGAUGACGGCGACGGCGGGGGGGACCCCUUUGAUAUGGCGCUCGGAAGGGAAGAUGCCGGUGGUGGAUCCAGGGGCAAGAGAGCGAAGCUGGGAAAGCUGAUUAUUCAUGAUGAGGGAUUGAAGAUGCUGGAUUUGGUGGUGGCGGCUAAUAUGGGCGUUUGGUGGAAUACGUGGGAAAAGAGGUUUUAG